GCGGUCGGUAAAGCAGAGGGGCGUGCGGGGCUAUCGCGGGCAGCAGCGGGCACAUAUGGCCACACAGCUGUGUAUCAAUAUUUUCCAGUGGACGCGAUAGCGUGCGGUGCCAUGUGGAUUCCGCUGACGUAAGGCUGUUGUGAGGCGAAUGCGACGAUCCGGUGCAGUCUUCGAGCGUGCCGUAUCGCUGGAGCCGAGGGACGCGCCCGAGUUAUGAGCACGUUGUCAGCCGCGACGACGAAACGGAACGACGGGACGCGAAUGACACGCACGGCCGACUAAGAGAUGCGCCCGCCAACGUGGAACCGGGACCUCCCGGCGAUACUGCUGUCGCUUCUUCUCGCUUCCUUCGCCGCCGUGUCACACAGCCUGGAGGUGAUAUACGCGAUAAACGCGGGCGGCGAGGCGCACACGGACAGCUUCGGCAUACGCUACGCCAGGGACCCUCUCAUGAGCAAGGUCGGCACCGCGUCCGACUACGGUAAACAAUUGAUCAUAGGUCGUAUCAGCAACGUGGACCAAAUCCUGUACCAGACCGAGCGCUACCACCACAACACCUUCGGCUACGACAUACCGAUCAGUCAGGACGGCGACUACGUGAUGAUACUAAAGUUCUGCGAGGUCUACUUCAACUCUCCCAACAUGAAGGUCUUCGAUGUGGUGUUGAACGGCGAUCAUACGGUGGUUACCGACUUGGAUAUCUUUGAGAGAGUCGGCAGAGGUAUCGCGCAUGACGAAUACGUCCCGUUCAGAGUGCAGGGUGGAAGGUUGAUAUACAAUGAUGAGGAGUCCGACAUUCUGGCGGGGAAGAUAAGAGUGGAGUUCAUCAAGGGUUACAGGGACAAUCCGAAGAUUAACGCUAUUGCUGUUGUGAAGGGAGCCUUGGGAGAUAUACCGCAGCUGGGGCCGAUACCGCAGGAUCCGGAAGAGUAUCACAGCAUGCAGGAAGACGAAGAGGAAACUACCGUGCGUAAUCGACACACGAGUGGACCCAGAACACCUGAUCCGUACUUGAUAGACGACUCGUCUAUGAUGUUGCCUCUCUUCAUAGCCGUCGGUGCUUUCAUCCCUUUACUAUUUUGCCUAUGUAAAUUAUAGACAUUUCAAACCACACACACACACACACACACACACACAUACACACACACACACGCGCGCAUAGAAAUGCCUUGUACUUAACGGUAACUGUGUUCCCGAGCAUUAGACACGCUCGAUUCAUGAGAGGAUGUCUGAACGUGUAAAUAGCUAAUCGGUAAUUUAUGCUUCUUUACGGUUGCGUCGUGUCAGAUCUUAGUUAAAGUAUUUAUUAUUAAUUUAUAAUUCUCUAGAUAUAUGUAUGAGGUGCCGCUGGCUUGCCGUACUUUCACUCAUCCACUUCUCAGACGCUCCGAGCACUUUAUUAGCGCUGUUCACUAGAUCCAUAAAGAUUAUCCGAAACGGAUUUUACAGUCCAGUUUUACAAUCGAGUUGAAAUGAAACGAAGGAUACAGAGCCUUUAUACUUAUUCAUAUCGUCGAGGCAUGAAGAAGAAUGUUAAGAACCAUCGAAGAUAUAUCUCUUGGUAUUCUCGUUCGUUUUCCAAGAUUGACGGGAAACUCGUGGAAUUCGAGUUGCCCGAUGUGAAGUGUUUCAGACUCUGCGAUCUUAAUUUCGAUGACACACAGUCUUCGACUUUUCUUCGGCUUUUUGUUCGAUCAAUCUUUUCGUUUUCUAAAGGAAACCUCGACGAGUACCGAAUGCUAAACGACCCGAUGCUAUUUUAUAACGUUAAACUUGAAGUUUCGUACCACUUUCCAACUCGUCGACUCAACGUCCCGAGAAAGUUCGAGCUGAAUGCGCGAUAGGAUUCGUCGUUUGAUCGCAAUUACGGUAGUUCCGGAGUCAGAAGGACCUAUCUCGGUCACUGAAACAUUAAGAUCGGCGGUUCUGAGACAACUUGCAUAUGUAUUCCCUUUAAGCGUACACCACCACCGUAGGUCCAGUUCAACUCACAGUUUAACUCACGAAACUUCCAAGGAGCGGUGUGUGGUCACUCGCGGUGAUCGUGAGACAUUUGCUUCGUUCUGUUUUGUACUUUUCAAAUACCGUCUUUUUUUACAGUUCAUUAUAUAUAUAUAUAUAUAUAUAUAUAUAUCGUGAAGCAUUUCGUACACGUCUCCAUAUCGGCCCUCCAAUCACGCGAUCCGGACGAUCCAAAGAGUUGAAACAUGCCGACGGGGCGCGUAUCGGAUUAUGCGAUUUUAACAACACGAGCUCCCUAGCGUACAGAAUCGUUGCCGAAAUUCUCAGGAUUAUUAACCGGACGACAGUCACACUCGUACAGUCCAUUACCAAAGCAACAUCCAUUUUUUGCACGUCGAAAUAAAGAGAACUGUUACUGAAACAA